CUCUCUCCAGCUGUAGACUUUAGUCUUGUGUUUUCAUCUGACCCUCUGUGUGUGGCCCCUGGGGAAGAUGUCAUGUUACCUGUUCAUCUCUUACCUGAAACAAGUGCUGUGUCCAUGGAAAUCAGAUGGUUCAAAGAGACAGAGCUCAUUUAUCAGUAUAUGAAAGGACAGGAGAUGACAAAUAAUGACUUUGAGAACCGAGUCAGUCUGUCCAUCCAGGAGCUGAGGAGAGGAAAUCUUGCUCUGAUUUUGAGAAAUGUUCAGUCAUCAGAUUCAGGAGACUAUACAUGCACAGUCUUUCAUGAUGGAUGUCAGAAGAGAGGAGUAGUUCACUUGCAAGUUAAAGAGAUUGAGAGAGUGAAACAUCUCUGCAGUGUCAUAAAGCAAGCGCAUGAAGACAUUAUGCAACAAAGAGUAAAACUUAAUGAAACCAUAAAGUUGCUUGAAGAAACACUCAAUAUUGUUGAUCGGUCAUCUAGCCAUUUAAAUAGUAUGGAAGGGAUUCCCCCAUUCAUGCAAGAUCAGAGCAAAUUCGAAGGAUUGGACAUGGAAAACAGGAGACCAGAUUCUACAUGUACCAGUAAAAGUAUGGAAGAAUUUCCCCCAUUCAUGGAAGAAGAGCGUAGCAGUCAAAGAACAAUACAAACUAGAGAAGAGGGUAAAGCUACUGAGCAAGAGUUAUCAUCAGAGAGAGCUACACGAGCCCAACAGAGCCCAAAUCAAGAAACGAGACACGAGACUGUGGCUACAGACCAAGAGAGAUCUUCAUCAGCUGUACCACCACAGAUACAAGCGAGACCAGGAACAUCACAAUCAGAUGCAGCACAAACACCACCGAGGCCAGAAGACAGGAGGCAAAGGAGUCAAGAAAAAAGAGAGAGAAAAUGCCACAUUUUGUAAUUAAAUAUACUGUUAUUAACUACAAGUUUGUGAUUAAACAUUUGUAUAGAAUAGAUCUUGACUAAAUGACCAUAUUUGGUCAGAGUCACAGUUUUUCCUACAUUAAGCUGU